GGCGUGGGCGGAUAAAAUGGCGGCAGGCGCCGCUGCCCUGAAUUGGAGGCGCGUUUCUUCUUUCACGGGGCCGGUCCCCCGAUCCCGCCAUGGCCAUCGCGCCGUGGCGAUCCGCGAGCUGGUCAUCAUCUUCGGGGGCGGCAACGAAGGCAUCGCCGAUGAGCUGCAUGUAUACAAUACCGCCACAAACCAAUGGUUCCUUCCUGCUGUCAGAGGAGAUAUUCCACCAGGGUGUGCAGCCCAUGGAUUUGUCUGUGAUGGUACCAGAAUAUUAGUGUUUGGAGGAAUGGUUGAAUAUGGAAGAUAUAGUAAUGAUUUGUAUGAACUGCAGGCAAGUCGAUGGCUGUGGAAGAAAAUGAGACCCCAGCCCCCUUCAGCAGGUUUGCCUCCAUGCCCUCGCCUUGGCCAUAGCUUCUGUCUAUAUGGCAACAAGUGUUACUUAUUUGGUGGACUGGCAAAUGAGAGUGAAGACUCAAACAAUAACAUUCCAAGAUAUUUAAACGAUUUCUAUGAAUUGGAGCUACAGCAUGGAUCAGGAGUCAUAGGCUGGAGCGUUCCAUUGACCAGGGGAGUUUUGCCGUCUCCCAGAGAAUCCCACACAGCUGUUAUAUACUGUAAAAAAGACUUGGGAAAUCCAAAAAUGUUUAUGUUUGGAGGAAUGUCUGGUUGCCGGCUGAAUGACCUUUGGGAGCUUGAUAUAGAGACAAUGACUUGGUCGAAACCAGAAACUAAAGGGACAGUGCCACUUCCCCGUAGUCUCCAUACAGCCAGUGUAAUAGGAAACAAAAUGUACAUUUUUGGUGGAUGGAUCCCACAGAGUACAGAUGAGAGCCUCCCUGCUCAAGAUGGGGAAUGGAAAUGUACUGGUUCAUUUUCAUACUUAAAUUUAGAGAAACCACCAGCACCAUCGCAGGUACAGUUGAUCAGAGCUACAACUAAUUCAUUUCAAGUUAAAUGGGACGAAGUUCCUACUGUUGAAGGAUACCUUCUUCAACUACAUUUAGAUGUGCCCACACCGGUUGCAACUGACGUAUCCUUUACUGUGACACCUGAGCCACAGUCAUCCUGUGUGCAAGGAACUAAACUGGAUCUCCACCCCAAAACUCUCAGUGCCUCAAGCAAUGUGCAAAUUUCCAUUUCAGAGGCUAAGGCCAAGAUUCCAGAAACUGAAAAUACGAAGAAAAACCAUUCCGUUUCCAAAGAGUCCAAUGUCCCUUUAUGUUUGCCUGCUAGCACUUUAGUUAAAGAGUCUCCAGUGCCCUCAACUAGAGCCACAGUUGUUAACCCUCUUGAUUCAGCUGUUCAAUCACCUAAAACUUCACCACCAAAGCAGAAUUCAAGAGUGAGGACACAAGAACGAAAGUGGAAUGAUGUUGGGAUUUUUCAAAGCAACACGGCAUUAGUGAGCCAGUUUUAUUUGCUGCAAGAAGAAAAGAUUUUUUCCAGCAAGAAGGGAGACAAUACAGAUAUUCCAAAUGCCAGUUUAUUUAAGAAACAGGAUCUCGCUCCUGGCACUUUAUACAGGUUCAGGGUUGCUGCAAUUAAUGGAUGCGGUGUAGGGCCUUUCAGCAAAAUCAGUGAAUUUAAGACUUGCAUCCCUGGAUUUCCCGGAGCACCUUCAAUUGUCAAAAUUAGCAAG